AUCGGUACGUGUGUGUGUGUGUGUGUAGGGCAAGGAAUCAUAAUUGUGACAAAAUUGUCUUAUGAUGUGAUUGCUGUCUCGCUGUUUUUUUGUGUUCCCUGCUCGUAAAAUCCGUUUUUCUUGUGUUUUCCUUUCGUUUCGCCGCAAUCCGGUGUAUCUGUGCGUGCGCUAUUCGCGACCUGCAGUAACUCGCAUCCCGGAUGAUAUGUUUUCUGUUGUGUUCGGUUGUUGCUGAUCGAUAGAAAACACCGAUUAGCUGGUGUGUGGUUUGUCGGAGCACAGGGCAAGAGAAGGAACCGGAAAGGAACCGUUCCCAGCAUACAUAGGGGGUGCGAGGUUGUGCGUGUCUCUGUAGAAGCGCAGUUAAGGAAGUGAUCCGAUAAUGGCCCGCGAGUAUGAUCAUUUGUUUAAAUUGCUUAUUAUUGGCGACAGCGGCGUCGGCAAAUCUUCGCUGCUGAUACGGUUCUCCGACAAUACAUUCUCCGGAAGCUAUAUCACCACCAUUGGGGUGGAUUUCAAGAUACGCACAGUUGUGAUUAAUGGCGAACGGGUAAAGCUGCAAAUCUGGGACACGGCCGGACAGGAACGGUUUAGAACGAUCACCAAUACCUACUAUCGGGGUACACACGGCGUUAUCGUGGUGUACGACGUGACCAAUGGUGAAUCGUUCGGAAACGUGAAACGUUGGCUGCAGGAGAUCGAAUCUAACUGUGACAUAGUCAAUAAAGUACUAGUUGGCAACAAAAAUGAUGAUCCAACGCGCAAGGUAGUUACCACGGAGGAUGCGGAACGUUUCGCCAACCAGAUGGAGAUCAAGCUGUUCGAAACAUCCGCCAAAGAUAACAUCAACGUGGAGGAGAUGUUCCUCGCCAUCACCGAACAGGUGCUGAGGCACAAGAAACAAACGCAGAAACAACAGCAAUCGGAAACGAACAACGAUACGGUACAGCUUAAAAAGGGUACUCACAAAAAGAAAAACAAAUGUUGCUAAUAAUCCGAUCGCUGGUUGGGAGGCGUUUUUUUUUCGGCUUAUUUGCGCUGUGGCACUUCAUCGUGAUCAUGCGGCAGAAGUAGUGUGGUCGUUUGCCAAUUUUGUGUUUGUUUCUUUUCGUUUCUGUAACAUAAUCACUGCGGCUAUCGCCUCAACAAUUACUUUCGUACAAGUAAGGAAGCGUGCGAGCGAGUGCAGUUUGUGCUUUUAUCGUAAGUGUGCGUACUACGCAAAGAGCUAGCAAAUGCUUUAGGACCGGUUCCAAAUUUUUAAAAACACACUCAACGGUGUGAACGACUCGGUAUGGAAGGAUGCCUACCGGUUGCGAUAAACAUGAUAUUGAUUGGCCUCGAUAGUAUUGAACGAAAGAGACUGGAGAAAAGCUACAUAGCCUGUGCGCUCUCAUCGAGCGCAUCGGCACAUUAUGCGCCACGAGCUAACUAUAGAACCAAAAGCGCACCAUUCCACAAGUGUGGCCCGAGUUAUUGUCGGAUGUGGGUUAUCUGUGGGUCAUUUUGUUUUUUCCUCGUAGUAGUAGAAGUACCUCGAGUCUUGCGCCAAACAAAUUGAAAACUCCCAUUGCCCAUCUCCACGUAUCCCACCAUUAGCCACAACCAGCUGCCGCAAACCAGAAUACCCAAGAAACAACACUUCUCAACGUUCUUUCCAACAACCUAUAAGCGUAAUAAGUGUAACGGUAAUAAUAAUAACUAUUAUUAUGAUAAUUGUAAAAUGCUUCUUUAUGAUUUUCUUGAUUAUACAUAUAUUUAAUGAACAGCCGAGCCGCGAUCGCACCCGCGAUGAAACAAAUCAAAGCUUAACGAAAAAUUGUAUAAAAAUGGAAACUAAACGAACAGAAAACAACACUAGAAA